AUGGCAGGGGACUCCGUAUUGCUGGAACUGGACAACCAGCACCAUCUGGAGAAUCAGCAACAUCACCGGGACAAGCACCACCACCUGGAGAACCAGCUCCGCCUGGACAAGCAGCAGCUCCGCCUGGACAAACACCACCUGGAGAAACCGCAACAGCAAACGCCGUCCACAACGGCCUCAGCGAAGCGGAAGGGCUCGGUGUUCUCGUUCACGGGACUGCGGAACCUGCUCGAAUCGGGCACGCUGGACCGACGCAACUCGACCAGUACUCGUCGCCAUUCAGCAGCCGCCGAGGGCGAAUCCGAAACUCGACCGCACGUCCUGCUCCGGAGUGUCGAGACUCUUAAACACUUCGGCCGCUCUGACCGCCGCCAGAACGGCAUGACCCGCCGCUCCUCUGCUUUACCUCACCAGAACUCCGCCACCCCAACACCGCAGCUACAAGUUACCAAGCCCAGUCCAGCACAUGACGACCCUGUCGGUUGGGACCGGGACCGGGACACCGUCGGCCGGGACCUACCCCAUUUGGAGGAACUGUUUGACGAAGGAAGACGGUUGCUCGGCGAGGGGCAAUCGCAAGACGCACCCACCACGACGACGGACAGCGGCGGCAGCUUCGUAGCGCUGCCGGCGCCCUCGUUCAUGCGCGGGCCAAUUCUUGAGACGCGAGACCCGCCUACCCGAACGCGGUCAGCAUUGCCCGGCCGCCCGGAGUCCGGGGGCCCGGAAUUGACCCGAGCGGAACUGCUGAUCCGACAGGACUCGGGACGGUUGCAGAAUCCUGUGGUGGGACCAAGUCCUGUGGUGGGACCAAGUCCUGUGGUGGGACCAAGUCCUGUGGUGGGACCAAGUCCUGUAGCGGGACCAAGUCCUGUAGCGGGACCAAGUCCUGUAGCGGGACCAAGUCCUGUAGCGGGACCAAGUCCUGUAGCGGGACCAAGUCCUGUAGCGGGACCAAGUCCUGUAGCGGGACCAAGUCCUGUGGCGGGACCAAGUCCUGUGGCGGGACCAAGUCCUGCGGUGGGACCAAGUUGGUCAAGGCAGGAUUACCAUGCGUCGCCGAGUGGGCAGUAUGCACGGACGGAGUUGCCGCCGUUGAAUCCAAGUCCUCCGAGUAAGAGGCGCGGUGGGGAGUUUGUGCCGCGGCCAACGUGGUCGACGGAGGCGACGGUUAGUCCGGGAGAGGGUCGGCGAGCGUCGUGUGCGACGCUACUGGCGCUGGGCUCGCUUCCGGAAGAAGAUAGCUUUCCUUACCUGUUACGUCGGCGUUCGACGCGCUCUAAUGACCGGAGACCGCCGAUUGAGUCGCCUCCGCGCACACGUUGGACUCGCGCCACGACCAAGGCUGAAGUGGGCACUCAGGCCGCAGCGCCUGUCCGUCAAACCCGCGGGAUGCAGACGGACCUCACCGCCUUCGAACGCAGCCAACGGGGAUGCCAAACGGACGAGUCCUUUGGCUCCUCCGGCCUGCCCUUCAGGUAA